AUGGCUUCUCCUCUUACUCAAUCCUUGUUCCCUCAUUUUCCACCACCAUCUCCCACCACAACACCACCACCUGCUCCCACUACACCAUCAAAACCGCCGCCUCAUUUCAUCCCACCUCCUCAUUUCGUACCCACACCACCACAUACGCUCCCACCACCAUCACCUCCUCAUUUCAUCCCCACACCACCACAUAAUGUCCCACCACCUUCGCCACAUCAUUCAGUCCCACCACCACAUGCGGUCCCACCACCAUCACCUCCUCAUUUCGUCCCCACACCACCACAUAAUGUCCCACCACCUCAUUCGGUCCCACCACCACAUGCAGUUCCUCCACCAUCGCCCCCUCAUUCUGUCCCCACACCACCACAUGCGGUCCCACCACCAUCGCCUCCUCAUUCGGUUCCACCACCACCUCAUACGGUCCCACCACUAUCGCCUCCUCAUUUUGUCCCCCCACCACCACAUACCAUUUCACCACCACCACAUACGGUCCCACCUCCUCCUCCUCAUAUCGCCCCCCCACCGCCCCAUACCAUCUCACCGCCACCACCACACACCUUCCCGCCACCUCCACCACAUACCCUCCCGCCACCUCCACCACCUCCAAGCAACCAUUCCACAGUAAUCGUGGUGGUGUUCGUCUCAUGCGGUGGUGUUUUCUUCUUGGCAUUCAUGAUGGCGGCAUUGUGGUGCUUUCUCAAGAAGAGGAAGAAGAUGGUUAGAAAAGCCGAAAACAUCCAUUUCGACGAACACCGAAAGGUGACAGAAAGAAUUGUACAAGGGCCACACGGGACUGAAACCGCAAUUCUUUCCGAGGAAGAUGAUAUUCACAUUGAAGAAGAUAUCAGGAAGAGCGAGCUCGAAAACUUCCGACAAGGGUUGCAUUUGAAAUAUGGGGACACCUACAACAUUGGUGGUCCGGCUGAUCCCGGAAAACCGUCGUCUAGUUCCGGUCAUCACUACCUGCAUGGCUAGAAGUACGUUGCUACAACGGCAAAACCUUCAUUUCUCCUUAAAUAACAAUAUGCUGUUGUGUUGUGAAAUUUCAUUUAUUCUUGCUUCAUGUGUAUGAAUUUAAUGGACAACAAAAAUGGCCCUUGUUUUCAAAUUUUCUUUUGUUUUACGUCAACUUUUAUUAUAUUUUUAUGUACUUGGAAAGUUUUUAACGGCUUAA